AACCAUGCUCUGUCUUAUUUCAUAAAAAUAAUACGUUGACUCAUGCGCGUAUAUCUCACGCGCCCCCCUCUCGCCAUUAUACCCCAUAUAUCCCCGCAACCGCACUCGAACCACUUCGGAUCGAAGUCUUGGAAACUUCACUCGUCACCUAUAUAUACACCUAAGAACUCUUUACUUUUUUAUUUCAUUUUUUUUGUACAGAAAAUGAAUUUGAUUUCGAGUGUAUGGUCGAGGACGAUGAAGUCCAAAAUAUAUUACACAACCCUCGUGACGUUCCUCUGCGUCGCGAGUUACCUCCUCGCGGUAUGGCAGAACUCUCGCCCGGUGAUCCCACGCGCCACCACCGCCGAGGACGCCGCCGCCGCCGCCGAAUGCGACGAAUUCAAGAAGACCCUUCUGUCUCCGGAUCUCGAUUUCACGGCGCACCACACGGCGGAGGACCCGCCUCCUACGGCGGCGCGUGACGUCACGUUCCCGGCCUGUGGCGUUAAGCUGAGUGAGUACACGCCGUGCGAGGACCAGAAAAGAUCGCUGAGGUUCCCGAGGGAGAGGCUCGAGUACAGAGAGAGGCAUUGCCCCGAGAGGGACGAGGUCCUACGUUGUCGGAUUCCGGCGCCGUACGGUUACAAGACGCCGUUCCGGUGGCCCGAGAGUCGUGACGUGGCAUGGUUCGCGAACGUGCCGCACACGGAGCUCACGGUGGAGAAGAAGAAUCAGAACUGGGUCCGGUACGAGAACGACCGGUUCUGGUUCCCCGGAGGUGGUACGAUGUUUCCACGUGGCGCCGAUGCCUACAUCGACGAUAUCGGACGGCUCAUCGAUCUCUCCGACGGCUCCAUCCGCACGGCCAUCGACACCGGCUGCGGGGUGGCGAGUUUUGGGGCGUAUCUUCUGUCGAGAAAAGUGAUGACAAUGUCGUUUGCGCCGAGAGAUACGCACGAGGCUCAAGUACAGUUUGCCCUCGAGAGAGGCGUACCUGCAAUGAUCGGCAUAAUGGCCACAAUCCGUCUGCCCUACCCUUCUCGAUCUUUCGAUUUGGCCCAUUGCUCUCGUUGCCUCAUACCCUGGGGCCAAUACGAUGGGAUUUAUCUGAUGGAGGUUGAUCGGGUUCUUAGACCGGGAGGGUAUUGGAUACUGUCGGGGCCGCCGAUCAAUUGGCAGAACCGAUGGAAAGGGUGGGGGAGGACGAUGGAUGAUUUGGAAGCGGAACAGACUCAGAUCGAGCGAGUUGCAAGAAACUUGUGCUGGAAGAAAGUCGUGCAGAAAGACAAUCUCGCCGUUUGGCAGAAACCCUUCAACCACGUUCGAUGCAGAAGGACCAGAGAUGUGUCCAAGAAGCCGCAGUUCUGUCAGAAAACCGAUCCAGACAUGGCUUGGUACACAAAGCUGGAGACAUGUCUGACCCCAUUGCCGGAAGUACCAGAGACCGGAGAUAUCGAGGCGGUGGCCGGGGGGAAACUGGAGAAAUGGCCGGCGAGACUCAACGCGAUUCCUCCGAGAAUAAGCAGCGGCACCGUCGAGGGAAUCACGGCCGAGAUGUUCUUGGAGAACACUGAACUGUGGAAAAACAGGGUUUCUCAUUACAAGACAUUAGAUCAUCAGUUGGCCGAAAGAGGAAGAUACAGAAACUUGCUCGACAUGAACGCUUACUUAGGAGGCUUUGCCGCCGCUCUUGUCGACGACCCUGUCUGGGUCAUGAACGUCGUCCCGGUCGAGGCAAGUGUCAACACACUCGGCGUCGUAUACGAACGUGGCUUGAUCGGAACAUACCAGAACUGGUGCGAAGCAAUGUCGACGUACCCAAGAACGUACGAUUUCGUACACGCGGAUUCGGUGUUCAGCCUGUACCAAGAUCAAUGUGAACCGGAAGAAAUUUUGCUGGAGAUGGACCGGAUUUUGAGACCGGGAGGAGGAGUUAUGAUCAGAGACGAUGUAGAUAUUUUGGUGAAGGUUAAGAGAAUUAUAAAAGGAUUGCAAUGGGAAGGAAGAAUCUUCGACCACGAGAAGGGACCUCACGAGAGAGAGAAGAUUCUGUACGCAGUGAAGCAGUAUUGGACUGCUCCAUCUCCCAACGUUGCCAACUCUUCUCUUUCAUGAUUGCUCGUCUUUUUUUUUUCUUUCCUCCAUUAAUGAUUUUUUUUUUGUAUUAAUAAAUGGGUUUUGACUGUUUAAUGAGUUGUAAGCGUUGGACGAAUCUGUAAGCAUAUACAUUAUCUAUUACAUUUCAAUUCCCACUA